AGAAAUGGACAGCACAGGACAAAAGUUGGUAUUUUAAAGUUUCGUAUUUCUGUUUUGGAUUAUAAAAUAAACGUCCAAAGCUACGUGUGUUUAGCGAAGCGGUUCUCGAUUGUUUAUUUUGAUGAGUUACCGACAUGUAAACUGAAUAUCCGCAUUAAUAUUUACCUCGUUUCGGGCGCUGGAAUCGGGGUAAAAGGUGGUUCAAGAUUUAUUCGUAAAGUUAAUCAGAGAAGAACCUGUACCACAUGAGUAAAGAAAUCUACCAGAGGGGAAGCUACAUACAAACGUUGCUGCAGGUACAAACACACAUAGCGCAGCGAUGUGUGAGUGUACUCUCGCCGACAGGUUCACCGACGCUCCGUCGGGGUACAAAGUACAAACCGGCUUGCGCCGGCUCAGUCGGAGUAUGAACGAAGGGGCUGUUUGUCGUGCGCAUUGGAAUAAAUAGACAAAUAAUAUUUCGUAAUUUUAUAGAUCAAUUAAUAAUUUAUUAAGUAUUAUUACAAUUAGAGUUAAGUUUAAAAAUUGUGUAAUAGAAAAUAAAACAUAGAUUUAUAUAGGUAAAUAAUUAGUGUUCUGUAAUAGCAUAAAUGCCUAACAGGUGUGCAGUAUAAUAUAUGAAAAAUUCGAGAGAAAAUAAUACAAUUUCCAGACAGUGGUGAAGUGAAGGUUGUGUUGGUGGUUUGGUGCUGGUGGACGGUGGUGCUGAUCGUGCUGGUAAUGGUGUCAGUGGUGGCGGUGAUGCUGGUAGUAUAAUUGGUGGUGGUGGACAGUGGACCAUUACUGCCACCGCUACCACAACCAGCAUCACCACCACACCAUUACUACCACCAAUACUAUCGACACCACCACCACCGACAGUGCCCACUACACAGUCAGAUCACACAUCACAGUCAGAUCACACAUCACAGUAAUUACCACCACCACCUGGAUUUUUUGUACUCAUGAAUAGGUAAAUUAUCUGACGAAAAUGAUAUUGAUAGAAAUAUAUAAUGUGAAGCUUCUUUGAGAAUACCUAUUUACAGCGAGCGCUUAUUACCCUGAGCUACCACAGCUUAUGUCAUAAGACACUAUUCUAUGAAAAUAUGUAUAUUUUGCUUGUUUAGGAGUGGGUAGUUUCAAUUUAAGUUACAAAUAAUAGACAUGGUGUUAUAUUAACUUAAGUUACAAUGAAUACACAUGUUGUUUUAUACUAUAUAAUUUCUUUUCUUUAAAUUUUUCAUGCAUCAGGUGAUAACCCUAUCAGCAUAGGUAUACAUAGCUGUGCUCCGUCUUUACUUGACCUUAUAAUAGUUUCAUCUUUAAAUAACAUUGCGAAUUAUGGACAAAUAACAGCUUCUUUUUCGUACCAUGACCUCAUUUUCAUUUCGUACCGUGUUCGUCCACCAAAGCGUAAAUCUUGGAAGCCAUAAGAUGAGAUGCAAGUAAAAUGGAUUGGUCUUCCGUAAUGGAUUGUCAAAAUAUUGAUAAUAUGGUGAAUAACUUUACUGCUUUAAUUCUUAGAUUGUAUGAUUGCCAUGCACCUCUCAAACGUAUAAAAAUAAAACAUUGUCCUGCGCCCUGGAUUACAACAGAGAUAAAAGAGCUUAUGGCACGUAGGGAUAAAGCCAGAAGUAGAUAUAAACAUUGUCCCUUGGAAAGAAAUCUAAUCAAGUUUAAGAUUUUGCGUACCGCUGCAAUCGUCUGUGUAGAGAUGCUAAAAGGCGCUACUUUCAUGACUCACUUUCAAAUUGCGAUUCAAGAAAAGCCUGGAGUUUUCUCAAAACAGUCGGCAUUGGCAAACAUCCUGCGCUUGCGAUUGGAAAUCUUGAUAUUGAUACUCUCAAUCAACAUUUUUCUCUCCCACCUGUUUCCUUAUCUUCAUUUAUAAAGGUUAAGACCUUGUUAGAAUUAUCCAGAUGCCCUUUACAACAUUUCCCCCAGUUUGAAUUUGUAUCAGUGUCAGAAGAUGAAGUAAAGCGAUCAGUAUAUCUUCUACUGCGUCGGGAAACGAUAAAAUUUCUUCCACAAUGCUAACUAUAAUUUUACCUUGUAUUCUUACUUACAUAUUUAAUUUUUCAUUGUCUUUCUCCUGCUUUCCAUAUUCGUGGAAGUUAGCACACAUUAUUCCUGUAGCCAAGGUUGCUAACCCUACAUUACCUUCUGAAUUUCGACCUAUAUCUAUAUUACCAUUCCUCUCUAAAGUACUGGUACAUAUUGUUCACAAUCAAUUUUCUUCUUAUCUUAACUCCAACAAUAUUUUAAAUACAUUACAAUCUGGAUUCCGGCUCGGUCACAGUACAACAACUGCUCUUCUUCAGGUAACUGAUGAUAUCCGUCGAGCCAUAGAUCAAAAGCAAUCAACAGUACUCGUUUUAUUAGAUUUUAGUAGUGCCUUCAAUUCUGUUGACUUUGAUAUCCUCCUUAAAAUUCUUCAGGCUAUCAAUGUUUCAUCUUCGGCCAUUCUUUGGUUUGAUUCCUAUCUUCGGGGACGCUCGCAAUGUAUCCGCUGCAAUGACACUUAUUCCAACUGGUGUAAUCUUAUUGCAGGUGUACCCCAAGGUGGCGUCUUGUCUCCUUUACUCUUCACCGUUUUUAUUAAUUCUAUAACGAAAAUAACAUGCUCCAACUUCCAUCUUUAUGCAGACGAUUUGCAGCUUUACCGUCACUUUGAGGCAUCUGAAGCUAAAUUGGCGAUAGAUGCACUGAAUGACGAUUUGGAUAAAAUUAGUCGUUGGUCCAGAUCCCAUGGUUUAACUAUAAAUUCAAAUAAGUCACAAGCGUUAAUAGGAAGUAGCAGAUAUAAUAGUAGCAUUAUUGAUAACUGCACCCUGCCAAAUGUGAUUAUCAAUGGCACAUCAAUUGCUUAUUCGGAAUCUGCGAAGAACUUGGGCCUAAUUAUUGACAAUAGGUUAUCAUGGGGUGCUUAUAUAACGGACUUAAACAGAAAAGUUCAUUAUGCUUUUCACUCGUUAAAACGACUUCAAAAUUUUUUACCCUUCAACUAAAAUCUCUCUUGUUCAAACUCUCAUUUUGCUAAUCUUAGAUUACGCUGAUCUCUGUUUUUUGGAUGCUACAGAGGAGCAAUUAAACAAAUUUGAGUGAUUGCAAAACCUUUGCAUUCGGUAUAUUUUUGGACUCAAGAAGUUUGACCACGUCUCUAAAUACAGAAAGCAGCUCAAGUGGCUCCCGAUCCGAUUUCGCAGGAACACUCGUAUCUUUUGUCUUCUUUUUAACAUCUUACAUAGUCCGAAUUUCCCUUCAUACCUUCGUAAUCGAUUUACCUUUUUUAAAUCUCCAGAUGCAGCUUGUAGAUCUCACCUUAAGACCCUCUUAAAAUUCCCAUCCUUUAAAGCUCAUUCAUAUUCCCGUUCAUUCUCUGUACAUGCAGUAAGACUCUGGAAUUCACUUCCUCCUCCUAUUCGAGAAAUCAAAACAGUCACAUUAUUCAAAAAACGUGUAAAAGAACAUUAUUUAUCUCUGUCUUCUAUGUAAGUUUCCAUAUCUUUGAUAUUUACUAUACUUUUUAUUAUUUAUAUAUAUUUAAUUAUGACUAUAUAUACAUAUAUACAUGUGUAUUUAUAUAUAUGUAUGUAUUUAUUUUAUCUUGUAUGGAUAUAUGUAUGUAUGUGUAUAUAAUAACAAAGUGCACACCUUAUUAUCUUUUCUCUAUCACAUAUCUUUUUAACUGGUCUACUGGAAGAAAUUUCAUAAUGAUAUAAUUAGCGCCCUUCUACAAACUCUUCAUCAUGUUGUGUCCUUUCCAUUAUUUGUGUGUCCAUAAAUUGUU